ACAGAGAAACAGAGAGAGAUGGCCAGGAAGGGUUCGGUCAAGAAUGGAACCGUGGGCAGUCCCGUCAAUCAGCAGCCCAAGAAGAACAAUGUGAUGGCCAGGACACGGCUUGUGGUGCCCAACAAGGGUUACUCAUCCCUAGAUCAGAGUCCGGACGAGAAGCCUCUGGUAGCGCUGGACACAGACAGCGAUGAUGACUUUGACAUGUCCAGAUACUCCUCGUCAGGAUAUUCCUCAGCCGAGCAAAUAAACCAGGACCUGAAUAUCCAGCUCCUGAAGGAUGGCUACCGGCUGGACGAGAUCCCAGAUGACGAGGACCUGGACCAUCCCCCGAAAUCAGUCAACCCCACCUGCAUGUGCUGCCAGGCCGCCACCUCCUCCACAGCCUGCCAGAUCCAGUAGCACCCUCUUCCUCCUCGUCCUCCUCCUCCUCUUCCUCCUCCUCAACCUUUUCUCAUCUCUCCCUUCCUCUUAUCUUUAUCCCUCUACCCAUAACCCCCUCGUCUCGGUCUUGAGACGAAUAAGAGUUACGAGUUCUCUAAAUGGAAUGAUGACUAAUUGAAUUGAAAUGGCAAUGCGUUAAAAUGUUAUAUUACUGUAAUUAAUAUAAAACGAGGGAGAAAAUAGGGGGGGGGGGGGAAUGCACAAACGAGUUCCUAACUGUCAUUGGUUCCUCCUAUGGUAGGACGCGUGUCUUUGCAUCAUCUUCAGAGGGGAGUGGAGUUUGUGUGUGUGUUCGGGUGUGCUAGACAACCUGCUGGGGUUACAAAAUGCACAGAGCAAAGGGACAAAAAAAACUAAAAAUAAGGAAACAAAGUGACUAAACACUCAAUGUUCUGUGUUCGCAAACCUCUCACUCCACUGUCCGUUGCUUGUUUUGGGUGAAUGUGUGUGUAGUGCAAGUUAAGGCGGCCUGAGGCUUCGGCCUCGUGGGUCAUAGAUGGCUUUUGGGCUCUACCGCCAAACUGCUACUUUGUACAGUACGAUAAACUGUAGCGAGGGCAAAUGAGGGUUAUAUUUCACACCUUUUUUGAUUGUUUGUUUAAGGCCAACAUGAUCAAAACAGUCAAAAAAAAGU